CAGCAGCGCCAGCAGCAGCUGCAGCACCAGCAGCACCAGCAGCGGUGGCGGCAGCGGGUGGAGGGGAGGGGGCGCAGUCGCCAUGGGGCAUCACACGCGCGCUCACCAUGGGGCCUGUGCCGGGGCGCAGGCAGCGGUAUGCAGAGGGGGAGGAGGAGGGAGAGGAGUACGGGGUGCAGGAGAGAGGAGGUGAGAAUGGGGAUCUGGAGGAGGAGAGAGGGGAGGAGUUGGAAGGAGAUGAGUGUGGAGAGGAGGAGAGGGUAGCAGGCAGGGAGGGGGAGCAGGAGCAGGGCCAUGCGCGUGCAGGGAGGCCCGUGGGGCAUGGGCGUGGGCGCGGGUACAGCGUGGGGCACUUCCCGGUGCUGGAGGCGGUGCGGGACGCUGCCAUGGUGCGGGAGUACGUGCAGGGCGUGCUGGUCAACCAGGAACCACUCACCACCCACCGGUGGCACGUGCCGCGGGGCCGCGAGGGCAAGCGGGCGGGCGAGCUGAUCUACAAGGGCCACCGCAGCUACGACCUCAUGAGGACGCUGCAGCUCGGACUCAGGCACAGCGUGGGGCGCAUCACCCCGGACGCCCUGAGGGAUGUGCAGCAGGCCGACUUCUCCGACUCGUCUGCUGUGCGCUUCCCGCCGGCAGGGUCGCCCACCACGCCGCCGCACUCCAUGCAUGCCUUCAAGUGGCGCGACUACUGCCCCAACGCCUUCAGGGCGCUGCGAGCCAUGUUUGGCAUAGACCCGGGCGACUACAUGCUCUCUCUGUGCGGGGACGACGCGCUGAGGGAGCUGAGCAGCCCGGGCAAGUCGGGCAGCGUCUUCUUCCUCUCGCAGGACGACCGCUUCAUCAUCAAAACCAUGCGCCAUGCCGAGGUGCAGGUGCUUUUACGGAUGCUGCCUGCCUACUACCAGCACGUGCGGCGCCACCCACAUACUCUCCUCACCAAGUUCUUCGGGCUGCACGCCAUCAAGCUCUACCACACUGCCUCCUCGCACACCGCCGCGCUCGUCGCCGCCAAGGCGGGCGGCCGCGAGACGGGAUCGUCGCAGGGCCGCAGCACCGACAAAGUGGCGGUGGACGAGACCACGACUCUCAAGGACCUGGACCUGGACCUCGCGUUUCAUCUCCAUGAGGAUUGGAGGCCGCUCUUGUCGCACCUGCUGCUGGGCGUGCACUUCAAGGCCACCAGCCCGCCGCCCGCCCCCAUCGUCACCAUCGCCGACGCGCAGCUCGACGACCCGCGCUCCGCAUCCCUUCGCCACGACGCGCCCAACCCCACAAUAACACCCUCAGGGAAAGAGCAAGGGCCCGCUGACCCAUCACUUGAAGAGGACGGGCAAAGGAAGGCGAGAGAUGGGGAGGAAGGCGGCGUGGAGAGGGAUGGCCCAGGAGAGGUGGGAGAGGCGCAGCAGGCCCAGCCACCAGGGACUGACACAACUGCCUCAAGGAGGCUCAAUGCCCCGCCCCCCUUGCACCAGGUCCGCUGCUCGCACUCUCAGUCGUACCUCUAUUCUCCUUCUGAAGGCCGCCAUCUUUUCCAACUCUCACCCCCCUGGGUCUCACCCCCGUGGGUGAGUGACCGUCGAAAGCACAUUGGUUGAAAGCACACUGGUCGAAAGCACACCAGUCGAAAGCACACCAGUCGAAAGCACACUGGUCAAAAGCACACCGAUCGAAAGCGCACCGGUUGGAAGCACUCCGGUCGGCAUCACUCCGGUCAGAAGCACUCCGGUCGGAAGCACUCCGGUCGGCAGCACUCCGGUCGGACGCACUCCGGUCGGAGGCACUCCAGUCGGAAGCACUCCGGUAGGAAGCACUCCGGUCGGCAGCACUCCGGUCGGAAGCACUCGAUCGGCAGCACUCCGGUCGGCAGCACCCUGGUCCAAAGCACUCCGGUCGGCAGCACUCCGGUCGGCAGCACUCCGGCCGGAAGCAUUCCGGUCGGAGGCACUCCAGUCGGAAGCACUCCGGUAGGAAGCACUCCGGUCGGCAGCACUCUGGUCGAAAGCACUCCGGUCGGAAGCACUCCAAUCGGCAGCACUCCGGUCAGCAGCACUCUGGUCCGAAGCACUCCGGUCGGCAGCACUCCAGUCAG